AUGGCCAAUAUGGUAAAAAAAAAAAGAAAGAAUGCUUUAAAAAUUCGAAAAGAAAAAAAAUUACGUCUUAAGGAAGCUCUAAGAGCCGUAGAAAAAGCUAAUAAAAUAGAAAAUCCGUUAACUGAUUUACCUGAUUUUAAAAAUUUUCAAAAAGAUGAUAUUAAAAUUCGUAUAGAAUAUUACAGUAUUAAUAGUAUUAAUGAACAAAUGUUCUCAGAAAUUUUCUGCCUAAUGAAAAAAAAUAUGGAAAUCAUGUACAAUUCUUGUUCUUGGGGUUGGCAAGAAGAGAAAAAGUACAAAGAAAUGAAAGAAAGUUCAGCAAAAUAUUUAGUCGCUUUUGAUGAAAAUGAUCACAUUGUAGGUUUCUCUCACUUUCGUUUUGACAUGGAUUAUGGAAGCGAAGUUUUAUACUGCUAUGAAUUACAAUUAGAUACUUCAAUACAGAGAAAAGGUCUUGGAAAAUUUCUUCUACAAAUUCUCGAAUUAAUAGCAUUUAAAAAUAACAUGAAAAAAGUUGUUUUGACUGUAUUGAAACAUAAUUUACCUGCUAUUAAAUUUUUUUAUUCAUUAAAGUAA